GAAGCGGUCCUGAGGGCCGGCGUGUUGCCGUCUUCGUCGUCGUCAUCGUCAUCGAAGGACUCGUUGCUCCGACACGUGGUCAUCGACGGCAGCAACGUCGCCAUGAGUCAUGGGAACAAGGAGGUUUUCUCGUGUCGGGGGAUCCGCUUGGCUGUGGACUGGUUCCGUGCCAGAGGCCAUCAGGACAUCACGGUCUUUGUGCCGAAAUGGCGGAAGGAGUCGUCGAAACCCGAAGCACCGAUCAAAGAUCAAGACGUAUUGUUGGAGCUGGAGAAGGAGCGGUCGUUGGUGUUUACGCCGUCGCGGCUCGUGUCUGGACGACGGCUCGUGUGCUACGACGAUCGGUAUAUCCUGAACCUGGCCGUCGCGACGGACGGCAUCGUGGUGAGCAACGACAACUACCGGGACCUGGCCUCCGAGAGUCCCGACUACAAGCGGGUCGUCGAGGAGCGGAUCCUCAUGUACUCCUUUGUCAACGAUAGGUUCAUGCCGCCGGACGAUCCGUUGGGCAGGAACGGCCCGACGUUGGCCAGCUUCCUGAAGAAGCCGCACGCGCCGCUGCGGGGAUCCGUGUCGACGCCCGUGACGCUGGGCGGCGGGGAUUUGCCGCCACUGUGUCCCUACGGCAAAAAGUGUACGUAUGGCAACAAGUGCAAGUUCCUGCACCCGGAACGCGGCAACCUCCCGCACAAGACCGUCACCGAGAAGCUGAUGGAGAAGGCGCAGAAGCGGCUGUUGGAGAUCAAGAUGAAGCAGCAGCAGCACUUGCAAAUGACCAUGGCUAGGCCAGCUGGAAUGCGCGGCAGUGGCGGCGACAUCUCUCCGGGUUUGUGUUUACCAUCUAUCCGAUUAUCUGACCCUCAAGCGCCUGCGUACGGUCACCGAAAAUUGCAGCGGCAACUAACGCUGAACCCGGAGUUUGACCCGAGGCUUUUGCAGAUGCGAUCCGGUGCUGCUGCUGCUGGGUUGCACGGGCCGAGACCCGUCGGACCCAGAUUAUCUGACCCUCAAGCGCCUGCGUACGGUCACCGAAAAUUGCAGCGGCAACUAACGCUGAACCCGGAGUUUGACCCGAGGCUUUUGCAGAUGCGAUCCGGUGCUGCUGCUGCUGGUGGAGCUGGACUACCGCCGCCACCGCCGCCGCUCGUCGUGGACGACCCCAACUUUUACGUGAACACGCCGCCGCCGGGCUACAAGUUUCCGGGACUCCCGCAACAACAACAACAGCAGAAACAGCCGCCCUUGUCGCCGACCCCCAUGUUGAGUCAGGUGUUUCAUCAGCACCACCAUCAGGUGUCGAGGAUCGCUUCGGCGCCGGACUCGCGUCCCAUUACGACUAUGGUCGGUGCUGGAAUUGGACUUGGACUUGGAGGAGCAGGAGGAGGAGGAGGCUUGUUGAGUCUGGGCCCGAGGAAUUCCACGUCUGACUCGCGACUCGACUUGGCGGACGCCGAAUCCGUCCCAGUCCCGCCCGUCAACGGCGUCUGCAAGUUUGGCCCGAUAUCCCCGCCCCGUCGACAGGAGCAACAAGCCAGUGAGCCGACGAGCCAGGAGCAGGAACUGGAGCAGUGUCGCUUCAAGAUCUACUACCACUUGUCGCACCUGUUUCCGGAAGAGCAAGUGGGCGCAGCCAUGCGGGCCUGUCCCAACGAAACGUCGCCCGAGAAGAUCUGCGCCUACAUCCUGCGUCUCUGCGCCGGCGUGUCGUCCCUCAACCUCAACUAAAGUCCGUCUCGUUCUUCUGCUUCUCAACUGCGUGCCAAAAAAAAAAGAGGAAAAGGAAAAGAAAAAGAAGCUGAAAGAGAGGAAUGUGGAGGAUGUAUGGAAAUCACGAAGAAAAGUUUGGAAUCCUGUGUGUAUGUGGAUGGGAAUCUCUGAAGAGUGAUGUUGUAUCGUACUUGAUUAGCUUGCUUGCUUCCUUGACCCGAUGUUGUCUUUGGAGAACCCCCACAUUCUCCACCGUCAGCUGCUUCCAUUCAAAAAGCGUAGUUUGUCGCAAUUGCUGAUAUUUGAACAAGAAAUGCCGUGUUUCUGUUUUGAAAGUACUGUACUGUACAGUUAUCCCAUCUCAAAAGUCGGAUGUCCAAAUCUCAUGAUUGCACUCGAAACCUGGCCGCUAGAUAGAAAUACCCAUACGUGGUACUGUAUUAGUGCAUUUCAUUGCAUUUCCUGGAGGAUUGAAUUGCCUAAAGUGCAGGUGGUUUGCGAGAGGGAGAGAUUCGAGCGACCUCUGCCUGAAAGUGAGGUUGGAGACGUUGAAAUGCCGAGAAAUUUUCGUUUUGUUUCGUGCGCAAGCGCAAGGUUGAUUUGAAAGAUUGGAUUGCUUGCGGAGACAAUAGUGAGAGGAGCAUGAUGAUGAUAAUGAUAGAAAAAUGACAGUGCCGUCCACAAUGGAAGGACUGUUAUUUUAUUAUUUUUCCGCCAGGUGUCGCCCGUUUUCGCGGCGCACCAAGGACUCACGCGUAAGCCCUGUUUUCUAGGGUAUGUACUGCUGGAAAAGAUAUAUGAAAACCUUUUUUUCCCGUUGGCUUUUGGAAAAAGAGAAAGGGGGAAGAAAGCGGAAGUGUAUUCCAACAAAACACAUUUUUUGAUUGAUUGAUUGCUAGCCUGACGUGGUUUUCCCCUCUUUUUCUCGCCGGAAAGAGGGGGAGAAGAGAGUAGGUCGAUUUUUUGACUGCUGAGCGGUUUUAUCGAUGCCUUUUCGUGUCGGGGACUGGAGUGGAGUGAUGUGAUGAUGAACUGAGGCGUAUAUUUUUUUGCUUGUUUGUUCGAGUCCGUCUGCUGCUCGCGUGAGUGAUUUUUUUUAUUUUUUUUUCCUUUCUGAGAUGACACAUUCCCGGUAGAUGUGAUCCAAGUUACCAGAAUCUGGUUCUUCCUACUCUUUAUCAUUUUUUUUUUCCGGGGAGGGGGCUUGUAUUUGUUGAGGUUACCAUUCCGAUUUCUUUUUGUAUCACGGUAUUUCUUCGACGAGCUAACCUUGUUCACUCUUUUUUGCCUUGUUGGUUUCACGGUUUGUGAUUGAUUGUUUGAGUGAUGCAUUGUAUUUUGUCAAGUCGGCAACGGAGAGAAGAAAUACUUAUCGAUUGCUGAAACGAAGGAGUGAAAAUCCGUCUUUGUUAUUUUGUCUCUGGAUAAAUGAACAGAGUUUUUUUUGUCGAAAAA